UGCUCAGUUUGCUUGCGGUGGGUGUGCGUUACGGACGGAAGCUCGCGUGCUCUUGCGCAGAUUACCACGUUCACAGACCAGUGCGGUUCGGAGAGGGGGUACUGAAUACACAGUGGAAUGUGGGAGUUUGGUGUAGUGAUUAGUGAUUCCGUGUUUUGAUUUGUGAUUUAGAAAUUGUUUCUGCGUUUGCAUAGUGGAGUUUGAUAUUUGGAUGUGCUGUUUUUGUGUCAGGUUAUGUGUGCGUGCCGUUAGAUAAGCAACAGUGUGGUGGGAUUGUUGAAGUGAUCCAACAGUGUGGAAUGGUUCCUGUGUGUUUGCGGUGUCUUGUUGAUUUGUGCGGUUGAGGAGAGUUCAGCACAAUGGGGAAGCUGCUGUCAAAAAUCUUCGGUAACAAGGAGAUGAGGAUAUUGAUGCUGGGCCUCGAUGCUGCCGGGAAGACUACUAUUUUAUAUAAAUUAAAAUUAGGUCAGUCAGUCACAACGAUACCUACGGUCGGUUUCAACGUUGAAACUGUUACGUAUAAAAACGUCAAAUUCAACGUAUGGGACGUUGGGGGGCAGGACAAAAUACGACCAUUAUGGAGGCAUUACUAUACAGGCACUCAAGGUCUAAUAUUCGUGGUGGACUGCGCGGACCGGGACCGCAUCGACGAGGCGCGCCAGGAGCUCCAUAGAAUCAUCAACGACAGGGAGAUGCGUGACGCCAUCAUCCUCAUCUUCGCCAACAAACAGGACUUGCCUGAUGCAAUGAAACCCCACGAGAUCCAAGAGAAGCUGGGGCUGACGCGCAUCCGCGACCGCAACUGGUACGUGCAGCCGUCGUGCGCGACGUCGGGCGACGGGCUGUACGAGGGCCUCACCUGGCUCACCAGCAACCACAAGUUAUGAGCUGCAGAGUAGGCGGCCGCCAGCCGCCGCGCCCGCCACGGUGAGGAUGUCGAUGCCAUUUAAUUUAAGUAAGCGCCCGCGUGCCGGAACAAGCAACGUCAUUGUGAAUACCAGUGUUGAUUCUAUAUAAUGGUUAUACAGACAAAAACGCUCCAGUGAACGGUGCGAGAGACUGUCCGUGUGAACACAACGUUAGAUAGCAAGCAAGCGAACGCUUGUCACAAAAUCAAUUAUUCCAUAUUUAAAAAAUUAAAAAACAAAUUUAGAAAGUUUUGUUGUAACGAUAUUCGAUUAUUUUUUUAUGUUAUUUAAAGAAUUAUUACAUAAAGUAAAAUGAUUUUUUUUUUAUUUAGUUUAAUGUUUACCUCCUUUGUAUAGUAAGGUAGAAUAAAGUUUCUAAUGCAUUAUUGUGGGUAAUCGAGGACUAUGUAUGGGAAGGUCGCAAUGUUCUUUAUUAUGGAUAUUUAAGUGAUAGCUAUGCACGCUGUGUAGGUCAUUCGUAUGGAGUGGCUUGACUGUUGUAAUAUUUAACCACUAAC